AUGUCUUCCUCAAUGGCGCAAGAUUUCAAUGAAAGCGCAAUCUCUCCACGCCUUGAUGGCCUCGUCUCUGUCGCCCAAUCAAACAAUACCAACAACCAGAGUGCAUUUCCUUGGGAGAGACUUCCGUACGAGUUGCGCGGCCAAAUUUUCAAAGAAUUAAACAGCGAACGGAGCGGGAAUAACGGUUCACCUUACUUCAAGUGGCAAGGGUCUAUGCCUGCCCUGAUUGUUGCUCUGCGAACUUCUCAAUUGUCCUACAGCCACGUUUUGGAAUGGUUUGAGAAGACGAACUCGUUCAUUGUAAUGGACAGUUCUAGUUCACACGAUCUUGGAGAUCUUACUACUAGAGAAGUCGGGCUGAUUAAAGAGGUGUUUGUGGACAUCAGGUAUGGUUUCCUUUUCGUUGUUAAGGCUCUGAAACAUCACUUAUGA